UUUCAAUAACACUCCCCUUCUAUGUUUUGAUAUCAUCUGCGUCUCUGAAUAUGAAACUACAUAGAAGGUGCAUUCUUAUCAUUAUUAUUAGAUGGGGUUCGAUCUCCGGUGGGGCCUGUUGCAUAAGAAGAAAAACUCUGGCAAUCAUUUUUUUGCAAUAGUUUUUCAAUGUGUUAAUGUCAAUGACAUACCGGUAAUUUGGUUUGCAAGAGUUUGUUGUUGUUGUUGUUAUUUAUUUGCCUGAGUCUCUAUACCGGUAUGGCAAAACUUGAACGAAGCCCCUCCAUGCCCUCGGAUGGCUAAUGAUAUUCGACACUCUCGACAGUUCCAUCUUGCAGAGCGUGUUCAUCAGAAUUCGGAUCGACAUAAUCUUUGAUGCUGGCCGAAUCAAAUUUGUGCACGAUUUACAGGCACUUAGACGACUUAUUUGUAUUAAUCUGUGUAUACCGCUGAGUUUCGUUUCGGACCCGUCGCAGCUAGCUAGGUUAAGUUAGCUCCGUAUAAAUCGACAUCGGGAGCCUGCCUUCGAGUUCCGCCCUACCGGCGGCCGAGGCACAUCGAACGAUCAGAUCACUAGACUCUUAGUGUUAGCUGUACCGCCGUAACCAAAACAGUCUACCCGACCUUACUGUCGGGCUUGUAUUCUAAAAAAAACUCUAUGACACUGAAUGUGACAGUCCUCCUCAAGACUCGAGCCAGCUGAUGAUUUGAUCCUCCUGAGCCUUAGGCCCCCUCUGUUUAAUUUUAUUGCUCCAAAAUCAGAGAGACGUUCAAUAAUGUCUACAGAAGAUGGGGGAUUUUCCUCCUCGAGCUCAACGAACUUCCUUGCCGGUGCAAACAGCAGUGAUACGAUACAGGAGGAAAUGUACACACCUGUUCGAGUGCUUGGAAAGGGAGCUUUUGGUGAAGCAGUUCUCUACAGGAAAACAGAGGACAAUUCGUUGGUGGUAUGGAAGGAGGUGAAUUUGACACGUUGCUCUGAGAGAGUCAUGUAUGAUGCUCAGAAUGAAAUAGAGAUCCUCUCAAUGUUAAAUCAUGCAAAUAUAAUCUCUUAUUUCAAUCAUUUCUUGGAUGAACAAUCACUCUUCAUUGAAAUGGAGUAUGCCAAUGGAGGCACCCUUUAUGAGAAAAUUGUUCAUCAAGAUGGUACACUGUUUGAAGAAGAGCUGGUGUUAUGGUAUCUGUUCCAAACUGUUUCUGCUGUGGCAUAUAUUCAUCAAAUAGAUGUCCUUCACAGAGAUAUUAAGACACUCAAUAUAUUCUUGACGAAAUCUGGAUUGAUAAAACUUGGAGACUUUGGCAUCUCUAGAGUUUUAGGGGAUGAUAAAAUGGCAGACACGGUUGUUGGGACACCAUUAUACAUGUCACCAGAAUUAGUAAAAGGACAGCAAUACAAUGCUAAGAGUGACAUAUGGGCAAUUGGAUGUGUGCUUUAUGAACUUCUCACUCUCAGAAGAGUAUUUGAGGCUUCGAACCAGUUGAAGGUUGUAUGGGGGAUCGUACAGAAGGAACAUGAGGAUAUUGAUGAAAGAUACAGCAAAGAGAUGCACAGCUUAGUUACACAACUCCUUGCCAAGGAACCAGAAAAGAGACCAAGUGCUGCUGAAAUCAUGGCAAACCCAUUGCUGAAUGACAAGAAAAAAGAACGAGAAAGGAAGGUUUGGGAGCUGAAUGGCAUAGUGAGGAAAGCUAAAAGUCAAAGCAGCUUCCAAGCAGAAACGGUACCAGUUGUUACCUUCACAAACAGCGAGGUAUUUUACUGGGGUGGGGGUCGCCUGACUCCUCUGAAGCUUGAAGCAUUCAAAGAUGGAAACAGAGCAUUACAAGUGGCAGCAGGCCACUCACACUUUGCUGCUGUCACCGUAGAAAAGGAACUUUUUACUUGGGCAAAUGUCCAUGGUGGUCAAGAGUUAGUUGGUCAGCUUGGACAUGGAGAUACAGCUUGUUACAAAGCUCCCAAAAAGGUUGAAAAGCUACAGGGUAUACCGGUCAAGGCAGUAUCAUGCGGGGAAGAGUUCACCGCUUGCGUCACAGAUGAAGGGAAGUUAUACACAUUUGGCUCAGACUACUAUGGUUGUUUAGGAAGAGGCGAAGACUAUGAACCUGAAGAUGAUGACGACGACGACGAGGAAGAAGUGAAGAAUCCUAUCAUGGUAUCAUUCUUUGACGAGAGACCUGUAGAUAAGAUAUCAUGUGGUGAUAAUCACAUCUUAGCUCUGACUCAAGACAAACAGGUCUACUCAUGGGGUUGUGGAGAGUUUGGACGGCUUGGAAUUGGCACUGAAGAUGAUUGUAAACUGCCUCAGAAGGUAACAUUCCAAGGUAAAAAGGAGAUCAAGACAGUCUGUGCUGGUUCUGAAGGGUCAUUCUUCCUGACUACUGAUGGCAAGAUGUAUGCUUGUGGUAGCAAUGAACAUAAUAGAUUAGGAUUCAACACCGUCACAGCUGGUCUCAGGAAGAGAAUAGUCAAGGAGUGCUAUGAUAUCCCUUAUAAGGAUGUACCUACGUUAGUGAAACCUCUUAACAGAUAUAAUAUCAAGGCUAUUUCAGCUGGACAUACACACUCUGCUACUAUUGAUAGUUUUGGUCGUUUGAUCAUGUUUGGUUCCAAUCAGUAUGGUCAGUUAGGUGUAGGAGAUUGCAAAGGAAGAUCAGGAAUAUGUGAAGUGAAAGGCGUUCUUACUGGUAAACAUGUAGUAUCAGCAAGCUGUGGAGAUGGUUUUACUAUCAUUGCUACCACAGACAACCAGAUCUUUUCAUUUGGUCAUGUUGAUAGCGGUCGUUUAGGUCAUGGUGAUGACCUUUCUGGUAGUCAUAAGAAGAAACAAUCUAUCUCUACUCCUAAACCUGUAUUCGGAUCACUUCAUAUGGUCUCUGGUCUCUCUUGUAGACACUGGCAUACCAUUAUCAUUGCAGAAAAAGUUUUAUCUAAAUCAAAGACAUUCCGCUCACCACGGAUGGAUAGUACAUCAAGCAAAGUGAGUUCCCAAGUCAGCCAAGAUAGUGUCUUUACAGGAAGCUUUGAUCAAGAGAGUGAGAAGAGCAGCCCUGAUCCAACACCUGUAAGAAGCUCUCAGAGUGUUCAGUCAAGACAGUCAUCACAGCAAGGCCCAUCAGUGAAUCAUACACCAGAGACGUCAUCUAAUGAUGUAGAACAUUACACAGGGAGUUCUGGACAGGAGACCGGUGGUAGUGUGAGCCAAAGAGAUGAAAGAACUAAUGGAGGAGGAGAUGAUGAUGAUGAUGAGAAUAGUGAAGAAAGCAGCAUGCCACCAUGGCUUAAAAAUGAGCUGGAGGAAGCUGAGUUCAUUCCCAUGCCAACGAUAGACUCUGUGAAUAACGAUAGGACGGAUUAUGCCACUCCUAUCAAUAACGAUCCUUCUCAACACAACUCUACACCAAACACGCUCCCAUCAGAUAAACCCACAUUAGAUGGUACAGGUUCUACAGACAGUGGUUUCCAUCGUCCUCACUUUGUACCUCCUCUAAGCUUUGCAGCACUCUCACAGUCUGGGGAUUCUUUCAAGAUGGGUUUGGCUAGAGAUGCAGAGGUGGAAGCUCUGAGAGACAGGGUCACACAUCUAGAAAAUGAGAACCAGAAGCUGUUUAACAUGGUGUCUGACCAUCAAGCACGUCUUCUAGAACUGGAGAAGCGAUUGACACAGAUAGAAGGAACAGGGGUAUGAUCUUUCAUUUAUCUGUUUCAAAACAAGAGACUGUCUUCGUGAUGCAUUAUAAUCCUCUACCAUCAUCAUUUGUGACUUGUGAGAUUGAUGACAGAUUCAGAGAGUCAACCUAGUACCAUGCUUCUGAGCUAGGCCACUGCUGUGCUUCAUACCUUGCGGUUCCACAUUUAACAGUUUAUUAAGAAAGCCAGUCAAGGUCUCCUCGUCAUCUUCUUUUCUUGUAGACAACCAUUUAGGAUUCUGAUCAUCAAACGAUCAUCAUGACACACUGUUGUGAUCUAGCCAUUUCGUAGGUCUUUCUCUGAUGUUUGGAAGUAGCAUACUGCUCGGAGGAUGCAUCAAUGAUGGAAAAAAAUGGACCUUGAAUCACUUGCAAAAAUUGCUUUGUGGAUAAUCACCAUUCGUAGAUAGACAGACCUACAGUAUGAUAUCUAGUUAUUUUCAGUAAUUUCUUCUUCUCAGGAUAUCUGAAAUUAAAGAUGGUUCAUUUGACUAAAACAGGUUGUCAUCCAGAUUUAAUUCAAGGUUUGAGACCUACAUUUCGUAUAUUAUAUGCAUUUUUUUGUGAGAAAAGCCUUAGCAGUGACCUCUGAGGAUAUUUGAACUGUCUCAUCUUUCUCACAUUAAUGAACUCCGUGCAUUAUUCAUAUCCAUUUAAUUACAAAGCAAUUACCAAGUGAAGAUAUUCCUAUUAGUGUUUUGUAUUUUUUACUUUAAGAAAAAUUCAGCCACAUGUUUGCUUCCAAUGUACUUCACCUUACAGCUGAUAUUUGAUGUUGAUGAACAGAUUAUGGAAAUGAUAUACUAGUAGACAAAUGCCCGUCAUCAUUUGAAUUGCUAUUGAAAUCAAGAAUUAAUGGUAUAAUUUACUACAAAGUUGAUCAAAACAUUCUUUCUGCAUGUAUGAGAUAAUUUUCUGCAGAUACGGUUGAUCUGUUGAUUGCAACUAUUGUAGUUGAUAUUUGCAGUAGAAAGAAUGUAAGUUUGUUGGUACACCCUCUAAGUGAGGGACCACCAUAUCCCAAUAUGAUGUGGCUGAUUUCAAGUACAGUGUCAAAUGCCACUGGGUGUUGGAGCAAAAUAAACAUCGGGCACAAUAUCCAACUUGAAACCUUGCUGGCGUUACUAUUGACAUCAUUGAAUUUGAACUAUCAAUAAUAAAAUAAGUAUUGUUUUAUAAACCCAGAGAUUAUUUUGAGCUUAAUAAAGCAGCUUGAUUUUCACCCUUAACAUCAAAUGCCAACAUCGAACACUGUACUUAAAAUCAAUCAAAAUAGUAGAGUAGACCUUGGUAUUCAUUCAGCAGUUUCACUUAGGAAGAUUUAAAAGAGCUUCUCUUUAGAAAUGUUAAACUAUAUUGUGAUUACAAAAAUGAGUCAUACACUCAUUCUUCAUCAUUAAUUUAAUAUCUCAUGAUCUGGCUCAUCAGAAAAAAUAAAUCGAGCCUGUCAUGGCUUGCUGAUUGCACACUAGUUCAUAUGAAUGUACUGAAUUUGAUCAAUUUGAUCACAAUCACAUAUAGGAUGUCAUGGAAGUUUAUCAUUCAAGUACAUGGUGAUCAUAAUUAAGGCCUCAAAUUUUGGAAAGAGAUAGCUAGCUUCUUGAUAUUAAGAAUACAAAGUAUAACAUAUGGUAAUAAUGACAAUAUUUAUAAAAUGAAACAUAUUCAUUACUAGAGAUGCUCCAGGCACAUAUAUAUUUGCAGACAGUUAGGUGACAGUGUGAGAGUAAAACUUAUCGAGGAUCGGUCAAUGUUUUUGAUGAUUUCUAUGUGGGUAAACAUCAAUAUUAUGCAACUAUUGAUUACAUUUUAAUGUGAUGAUAUAUCAUUGAUUAAUUUCUAUACAAACUACAUUUCCGAUUUAUGCAAUUUUCCAUUAUAUAUAUGCCCUCUGUCUUUCAUUCUGGCAGCAUUUCAUAUAAACUGCAUCUUUCUUCAUUGUCUUAUUUGAAAAAGAAAAAUAAUGUGUAUGUAAUUGAUUUUCAGGCUCUCUGAGUGCAAACCAGUGAUAUAAAUAUUUGGUUCAUUUUCAUGUGGUGAAAUUACUUAGUAAAAAUCUGACUGUCAUGAAUUCUGUUGUCCUUAUAUAUCACUACUUUGAAAAGAAAUGUAUAUCAUGUUUAAUAUUUAGCAUUCCCUUUCUAGAUGUGUUUAUGAUGUUUUAAGUUGUGUGCAAAAAGGAAUUGUUUAAAGAUAUGUUUAAAUGCUGCUUGCUGUGCAUAGUUUUUGUAGUCUUGCCUUUUUAUUUAGUCUGUAUUUACUAUCAUAAAUUGGUAUCAGGGUUAUUUAUCACACUUUCAUUCAUUAAAAAAGAAAAUGUGCAAUGCUGUAAAUAUCCAUGACAGACAAACAACAGUAAUAGGUAAUACAAACAUGUAAGAAUAAUACAUGCAUAAUCAUAGCUGUAUGUACACAUGAAAACCUGUAGUCUAUGUAGCUCUAAUCAAAUAUUUUUUGCAUAUUCACUUUGUUUGAAAUGACUGUAUAUUGAUUCAAAUAUUUUAUUUCAGAAGUUGGUGAGAAGAUUAUUUUUAUAGAAACUUGAGAAGUGAAAGAAAAUGAUCGUCAUUUUUCAUCCUUCUGUAAAAAUUGGACUUUGUAAUUAUAUCUGAAAAGUUCAAUUGGUAGAUUGCUUUAAGCCAAUAUAGGAAUGAAUGAGUUGUUGUUUUAAGUUGGAAAGUGUUAAUUCAUGAUUGAAGUGUGUAUUCAAGUUGUUUAAAUUAUCGGUAAUGUGUGUAAAUUGCUUGAUGACCUCUACCUGAUUCUGUAGAACUGGUACACAAAGGUUAGUGAUUGAUCAUACAUGUGACUUAUAUGAUUGAUUGCACAUAAUGAUCAAUGCAAUCAAACUUAUAAGUCAUUCCUAUGAUCAAACACUAAGCAUUGUGUUACUGGACCCAAUAUAAACUAUCAUGAUAGACAUGUACAGUACAUGUAGUUUAUUUCCAACAUUUGUAUGUGGUGGAAUGCAUACCCAAGUGGUCUCAUUUGCUUUCAUAAACUUUUAUAUAAACAUUGUAAAUAUAAAAUUAUAUUUGUUAUCUCUACUUUAUUUUCUGAAUUCUGAAAUAUAGAAUAGAAGUGCAUGAAGCUAUUUUUCUAUUUUUUUCAUUUACAGAAUAAGGUAGGUUGUAUUAAAAGAGGUUGUCUUCUUUUUUUUCCUUUUAGAAUCAAUGUAUUUUUCUGAAAUAAUUGUGGCAAAAAUAUUCAUCAUGCUUUUUACUAAUACAAGACUUGGGCAUUACAAGUACAUGUAGUUAAGUAGUGUAGUUUUCAGUACUCUUUUUUUUUCUUUUCCUACUCUAGAAACAAUAUUUCAAGCUAAUUUGAAUUCUGGUAGAAGCUAUUGGAACAUAAAUUCCAAGAUGAAAUAUGGUCCUCUUUUCUGAAGUUAGAAUUCAGUGAGUAUUACAAAUUAUUAAUUCAGUGAAUAUAAGGGAUGAGUAAAGGCAAUGAUAAUGGAUUAAUUAACUGCAUGUGAACAUGCAACUCUUGAUACCAUGCUUAAAAAAAAAAAGUAAUCCAUUGAUAAAAUUUGUAGUGUUUGAAUAUGAUAUCUGAUUAAAAGCAUGUGCAUAAAUAUCAUGUAAUUCAUUCACCACUAAGUAAGAGGAUUCGAUUACUAGCUCCUUAUCUCUACAUAACAUUUUCUAUUAAUACUGUUCAUUGUCAAUUCAUUAUACACUGCACUUGUACAUUCACACUCACAGUUAGCCAUUUAUUGAUCUCAUUAAAGAUUCUUUUGUCAUUUUGUUGUAUUUCAACUGGUAUGCAGUCUUUCUAACUUGCACCAGAGAAAUGUUUGUUGCUACUUUUCCAGCUUUUUCUCUUGCAUGCUUGCAUUUCCUUGUGAACCACUCAGUAUCCUCGGUUCAUAUUUAAAGCAAAUUCUUGUUAUCAUUGUUAUUUUUUUUAAACAAAAGUCACGCUCUCUUCAAUACUCAUCGUAGAAAACAAGCGACACAUAAACACAAUAACAUGAACAAUGAUAAUAACAUAUUGAGUUAUGUUUUCUAAACUCUGAACACAUUAUGGUAGUUAUUGUAGAGAACAGUAUGAAUUUAAGAUUUGAAUACCCAUUUGAUAUUCCAAAAGCUGUGGAAUAUCAUGUUAAGGGCCCUGUAACUCAAAUGUUAGCGAUUAGUUGUACGCUCUAUUUUCAUGAUUAGUUGUAUAUUGUAGCCAUUCAUGCUAUAAAUGCAAUCAAUAAAAAGAAAUGUUCUAUGAUGAUUGGUAAGCUUUCUGUUACAGACCCCAGAGCAUGUAUAGUAAAAAAGUCAUUUCCAUUGUCUUUUUUGACUGGGCUCUGAACCAUGUUCAAUAUGUGGUGUCUUACACUGGCUACACUCCUACUUGCUGAACUUAUUCCUACAGAAAUCAGAAGUAUGGUCAUAUUUAUUUGUCUUGGACAUGGGAUGUAGGUGUACUAUCAUUGUUUCCUCAUGCAGUACCCUCUCACAUGUUUCAAUCAAUUUUAUAUUGAUUGUAAAUAAAUUCUAGCAAAGCAAUUACUAAAAUUGUCACUUAAUUGAAACUAUUGAUUGUAUCUAUUUAUGUUGCAUGACCAAGAACUCUGUUCUUUUAUUUGCAGAUUAGUUCAGAUAAAGUUCUUAGUUUUUAGGUUUAUUAGGUAUUAUGUACUAAGCAACUGAAACAAAAUCACUGGGACUUAAUGUGUAUGGUAAUGUGACUGUUUUGGUUAAAUUGAGAUGGAAAGACUUACUUACAGUGAGAAAAGCGCUCACUGAAAAAGGAUUGAAAAGUUUGUAUAACAUUUUCUUUCACUCGGUGUUUGAAAUCAAGGCAUUCUUGGUGAAGAGAUACUUUUCAAAACAAUUUCAUGACCAAGUUUACUCCAGCUUGAGUUCUUGUUGCAAGCGCAUUAAUCCCCAGGGGUGUGUUUUACCUAUCAAAAAUUGAAUAUUUACAUCAGUUUUGUAGACCCUUACAAAGAUUGAAACCAUUUUUUAGUACAAUAUGCUGACUUUGCAAUAAUAAUGAUGGUCAAGCUAACAUAUUCCAGAUGGUGUUAUGUCAAUUUCACCAUUCAAGUAUGCAGGAAAAUCGAUUCACUAUAUUUACAUGUGAUAUAGUGAAGAAAAACAAAUGUGUAGUAGUAAAGCCCAAAAUAGCCUAGUUUUCAGUCCUACUUAAUCACAAAAUGAUGUCACAGACUUCCGGCUGGGGAGGACAGCACUUAAUCUUUUUUUUUAGAGGCUGAUAAUUGACUUUGAUAUUCCCAAGCAAAAUUUUCAGCU